UUGCAGAGGUGGAUAACUGUUCCAUAUUUGGCUUACACAUUCACACACGCACUCACGCACGCACGCAUACACAGAAAGGAGGGGGCAGAGUGCAAGAGAGCUAUUAGCUUAACUGCUGCAGACAUCAUUCUGAUAGUACGGGGAGACGAUCAGUACAGGAAAGAGUGCUGGCAACGAGGAAAAGGACUGCCUUCCCAGAGCAUUGCACCGUACAGGAAUGGUGAAAGUGCCCAGAGACACACGGACGUGGACAGACGGAGUGGGAGCCUCGCGCUACCCCCCUACCCCGCUGGCGGACAUCUCCAGGAAGGCUGGCUGGACCCCCACCUACCCCUGAGCUCGCUCCAGCCCCCACGCCCAGCUGGCCUCUCUGCACCCCCACACAGUUCUGCUUGUCAGCGGCCUGGCACGUCACCCCACUCCUGCCCACAGCUUCCCGGGGUCACACAGGAGCCAGUGGGACACUUUGGGGGUUGAGGCUGUUCCCGAGGAGAAGUGCCCCAUUCUACGUGCCGGAUCUCUCUGGAGGGACGAAUCAUGAGAUCUGUGUGGCUGCCCUGGAGGUUUGCGUUCCCAGGGAAAUGAUCCCUUGCGAAGUCGGCGGAUCACUUUCUGACAGCAGGCAUGAUCUCCUGCGCUUUCCACUGAGGACCGUGCCCAUCUGUCGCUGAGAGAGUGGCACAGGAGCCCCCCCUACGCCACCCCACCCCCACCCCCACCCCAGCCUGUGGGUGGGUAAACCCCACCUUGGAAAAAAAACACACAGACAGAAAGACAGCAAGAAGAACAGCAGCUUGGAUUCUUCAUUGAGGAAGGAGGGCAGGAGACCAGCAUGAAGUCGAACCAGGAACGGAGCAAUGAGUGCCUACCCCCAAAGAAGCGGGAGAUCCCAAGCAGCAACCUGCCCACGCAGGAGAAGCCGGUGCUGGUGACCCCGGCCAGCGAGCUCCAGCGAGCAGAAAACCUGGCCUGGCUCGCCAGCGUGGCCAGUGGCCAAGAAGGGGGCAGGCAGCGCUCCGGUACCCCCGCCGAGGCUGACGGGCCCCAGAGCAAACCCCCCUGCAUGUCGUCCUCCCGCCAGUCCAGGGCUCCCACUCCGGGGCCAGCGGCGACGCCUCUCGCGGCAGCCUACCCACCCACCGUGUCGCAGCCUGGCGGGACCAUCCAGUACGCCCAGCUGCAGCCUGGCCUGCACCUCAUCGGACCUCCCUAUGGUACCCCCUAUGCGGGCUACGUCCCCUCCCAACUUGUCUCCCCAGCAACAGCCUCGACUCAGCAGCGACCUCUGCUGGAUGCUUAUUGUGUCACACAGGCCAGCAAGGUCGAGGCACAGGGACACCAUCCUUCCCCCGGCCGAGAUAGUUCCCCCCUGCCUUCUCACUCGUCCCAGUACGUGCAGCUGACUGGCUCGCCGCGUGCAGUUUCGUCUCCACAGGCUACCUUCCCGCUACACCUCCACUCCCACCCUGUGGUCCCUCAAGCCCUGACCCUUGGCGCCCCUUCACAAGUCAUGGUCCAGUAUCCUGAUGGGCCCACCAUCAAGAAGGAGGACAGCCGGCCUAGAGAGGUGCUUAAUGGGGAGCUAGAGAAGGGUCGGUGCUAUGGCCUGUCGCCUGGCUCCAUCCUGGCCAAGCAGGGGUCCGGGGCCAAGGGCUCCCUCAGCCAGCAGCAGCACUAUGAGGCCCGGCACAUUGUGCUCCCGACUGACUACACGCAGGACACCUCAAGUCUCCGGACCUCGCUCAUGCUUUUGCCCAACAGCCAUGCCGGCGCCGACCCAGGAAGGGGCCAGGAGAAGCCGGUUGACAAAGGUGGACUCUGCCUUAGCCGGCCUGUCUCCCGAACAACAUCAACCAGCCUCAACUUCCCAUCCCCGGGGCCAAAAACGCCCCACACAGUCAUCCAGACAAGUCACGGCGCCGCCGAUCAGCUCUCGCUGGGCCUCCCCUCUUCCGGUUUCUACCCAGCCCCCGUACAGCCCCCCAUCAUCGGGUACAUCACCGCCGGCGGCGGCCAGCAGCAGCAAGCCACCAGUUACCACGCCAACCUGCCUCAGCACCUGCUUAUCCCUGGAGGCCAGCCUAUCAUCAUCCCCGUCAGCGGUGGCCGGGGGGUGGGAUCGGAGAUGGGGCAGGUCUCGGUCACGGCCUCCCAGCAGUUCACGCACACCCCCCACACCCUUGUGGCUGCUGCGCCUCCCAAAUGCGAGCGCCUGGAAGCAGCGUAUCACGCUACUGCUGCGGCCGCCACUGCCGCUGUACAGGCCCAGCUGCACCUGCCCCUGGUCCCGGCCUCGCCGCCUGUCCCGUCCUUGCCCUCGCUGCCCCCCUACUUCGUGAAGGGCUCCAUCAUCCAGUUGGCGGACGGUGCGCUGAAGCGGGUGGAGGACCUGAAGACGGAGGACUUCAUCCAGAGCGCUGAAAUCAGCAGCGAACUGAAGAUCGACUCGAGCACCGUGGAGCGCAUCGAUGGCAGCCAAGCGCCCAACUUCGCCAUCAUACAGUUUGCUGUGGGGGAGCAGCGCACACAGGUGAGUGUGGAGGUCCUCCUGGAGUACCCUUUCUUCGUUUUCGGGCAAGGCUGGUCGUCCUGCUGCCCGGAGCGGACCACCCAGCUACUGGAGCUGCCGUGUGCGAAGCUGUCCGUGGGUGACGUUUGUGUUUCGCUGACCCUGAAGAACGGCUCCCUGAGGGAAGGACAGGAGCCGGAUGGCACCGGCUGCAUCGGUCUCCUGCUGAGACCCCCCAAGGAGGCGGGGCCCAACGGGGGCCGGGGAGGGCGUCACGGCGAGCAGAAGAAUGGACUGGGCCAGCGGGCGGGUGGCACCGGUGGCCCCUCCAGCCGGCAGCCCACACCCACCAAUGGGGACGUGAACUUCGAAGGGAAAACUGUGGAUGGCCCCUCGCACCCUAAACUGGAGGCCAGCAGCGCCGGCAGACCGGCUGGCCGCAAGCGGAGGUGGUCUGCCCCAGAAAGCCGCAAGGUGGAGAAAACUGACGACGAAUUGCCCUCGACUCUGCCCAGACCCUCUUUCAUUCCUCAGGAGGUUAAAAUUAGCAUUGAAGGCAGGUCAAAUAUAGGCAAGUGAGGGUUCGUAGGACACAAGGGUCGAUCUUAUUGAAAUUUACCAUGAUAUAUUUUUUUUUAAGUUUCUUUUUUUCUUUUUUGUUAUCUAUCCAGGUUUCUUUACCUUGGGCUGAAAUUACCCAGAAUUCACUUCAUCAUCUUGUUAAUGGUGGAUGUAGUUAUAAUUGUAAUAGGCAUUCUGGGUAAUAUACAAGCAAAAAUUGUGCAAUGAUGUGUUAAUGGGCCCCGAUGUGUCGAGCAGGCAUGGAGGGCAUGAGUGAGUGUGGCGUGCUGACCCGAGGGGCUCGGCGUGCGGGCACUUUGCCUCCCUUAAAACCCUUUGGUGGGUCGACCCAUCUGAAUGUAGGGGCAAGGACGCCAUGCCGCCCAGCAAUUCAGGAAACGGGGCAGUUGCGAUGUUGGUUCAGCCCACGAGUAGCGUCUCUGCAACCCAAGUCGAGACGGAAGGCCGCGUGAACACAAGGGAUGACAGGGGCGGGUGCCGCCCUCAAAGCGGGGUGUGGGUUGCCGUGAGAACCAUCAUCCAGCACGUGGCAUUCGGAGUUUCUGAUUGGUUGGCUGUUCCUUUUGUUUUUAAAGUCUUAUAGGUUUUCGUACCGGUUUGUCGAGCUCAUACAGAGGCAGUAAGGGGCCUUGUAGAAAGGAAGUGUAGGGUCAGCUUUACACGGUGCUGGAGCUGUCAGGACGCGAGGCACGCUGGGGAGAGGAGCCCAGAGUGACCCUCUUCUUACCAUGGUCCUGCCUUUGGAAGCCACUGCGGAUAGACUGGGGUGGAAGCGCAGCUAAUCCCAGUGGGCUUCGAUGCACGGUGACAGCCUGACACCGGCAUUAGAAGGUCACUUCAAAGGGACGUAGGCCUGGGGGUGUUAGUGACGUUCGUGUGCAAUAUGUUUACAGUAGCUUUGCGUUUGACUUUGAAAUGGACCUUGGAUUGAUACAUGGCGUCUCGGAAACGCCAGAAGCACACUGAGGACAAGAACUUUGAGUUUGCACGUUUUUCGGCUGACAUCAUACCCUGGGGAGGGCUGGGGUGGGGUGGGAGGUGAUUAGGGCACCCCUUAAGAUAGAUGCAACCAGAGCUGGAGGCUGACUCCUUCCAUGCUACUGCCCUGAAGGCACGGGGGGGGGGCCCAGACACAUGCAGUUCUGCCUAUUGAAUCCUUAAUUGCAGUGUUUUCCAAGCCCGGUCCUCGGGGAGCCUCAGACAGUCCACGAUUUUGCUCCCUCCCGGCUCCCUUGAGGACCGGACCGGGAAACACUGCUUUUUUGUUCUGGUUGUGAAGGCCCUUGCUGGAGGGCCGGGAUGAAUGCCGGCAGGGAUCCCCCUCAUGUCCCCCCACUAGGCCACAGGGCCUCUUCCCUCAGAGCACUUAGACACAUGACCUGAGUCCCCCACUCUGUGAUACAGUAGCGUGUUGUUGUAACACAAAUGCCUGACAGAGACUGUAAGAUAUGAUGGCAAAAUAUUUAUAUUUGUGUGCAUAUAUUGUAGUGUAAAAUUACAUAUAUUGUUAAAACGCCUUAUACAAUAUAUGCAGAAAAUUGCAUACAUGCCAGUGGCAAUAAUUUUAUAUAUUAAAUUAUAUAGAAUAAUUUUAUAUAUAUGUUUAAGGACUGGACAUUGGCUUAUUUUGUUUUUGGGAUCUUGUACGACAAGCUGGUCAGAAACCGCUGCUCUGUCCCGUUGCUGCCCCCUGUUGGUCAGACAGGGUAGGUGCAUGCUUUAUCCUUGCAUUAGAAGAUCAAGUUAGGUAAUGUCAUUAAAGAUCGGCAGUUAACCGCUGACAUCUUUGGCUGAGAUGGACUGUGUUAUAUAUUUUUAAGCAGAAUGUACUUUAGUUGUUUUUUUUCCCUUUGUAUACCGCACCCCCUCGCUCCGGUUAUCCCACGUGUCCCCCCCCCCAGUCAGAUUUGUGUCAUGAUGAGUGGAUAAACCUCGACACCACACCGUGGCGCGAAGCCUGUAGACUCUCGCAGUGUCUGGCUCAUGAUGAGGGCGGGUGGCGAUAUAUUCGCGGCGACGUGUCGAUAAACAUGAAAACACGCACCCCCGCAGCGUGCCCAGCAUGACAGCAGGGAGGAGGUGUCAUGGCUGAGUGUCUGAUCCAGCCUCAGGGAGAUGAGUUUCCCCCACUGUAGCGCUUAGCGCUACCUGAUGAUGUCAGUCUGUAGCGAUCCUCCACCUCCAAGCAGUAAUGUAUGUGGUCAUGGGCCCACUUGCUCACUUGAGGGGUCAGUGCUGGGGAAGGGAGGUGGAGCCAGUCUCAGUGAGAGGCAGAGAACUGGGCGGAGCUUAAAGUGGCUUGAGCGAAUGGAAGGCCAGAGAAUAGCAAUAUAAGCCUGUGUCGAUGUAAAGAGAGGUCCUCUAUGAGUACUGACCACAGUGUGGCUGUGUGUGUGUGUGUGUUUGUGUUUGUGUGUGUGUGUGUGUGUGAGAAGCACACAGACACACAGGAACGUGCUGAUGCUCGUUCAUGUAUGUAUACAUAUUUGUUAAAUACACACAUUUACAGGUGGUUAGAUACCCAGUAACGGAAGAAUAUUUUUCUGUUUGCAUACGAAACUGUAUAUGUAACAGUACAUUUGUGUGUCUGUGUGUACCCAUUUUGUCCAGUGUUUUCCUUUUAUUUAAUGUUCAUCUUUCAUAAGAAAAGAAAUUGUAACUUGCAGUUUGCACAUGCAGAGGGUUAGUAAUAUACCUGUAGUUCAGUCUGGAUGCCUCCCACCAGCUGACGCUCCAAUUAGCGCAAUGUAGCACCGCCCUCAGCUGGCAGCCCCGCCCCCAGGCACGCUUAUCUCUCCCAUUUGACGCUCUGGCCACACCCAUCAGCCUUCUGAUUGGUUGCAUGUGGGGGCGAGGGUAGCUGGUAUCCACAGCCAUGUAUAAUGCUUUGAAUUAAAAUUAUAAUAAUUCUUUUUAAAUACGUGUAAUAAAACAGGGUUGCAUGACUCGCGGUGGAUUGUUUAUUGUUCCUGUCUUCUGUAGACAUGGACAACUGGGGCAAUGUUCUUCGCGGGAAUAACUUUUGUUUUUUGUAUUAUAUUUUUAUCUUUUGUUUCCUCCGUGUUGAGGAGAGACACAGGACAGCCUUGUGGGCUAGACGGGGAUGUUAUGCACAAAGUUAGAAAGUCAGGUUUUUGUUUGGGGACCCGUGGCAUGUCUGGGGCCCAAACGUCGGCCUGUUUUUUUUUUGUUAAUGCCUUGUUAGUCUUUCAGGAAGUCCGUGCCGGAACACGCUAGAUGCUUUUCGAAGCUGUCGGACACAGACACCUGUAUUCUGCUUCAAGCGGUCUGGCCUGCCCCCCUCCCUCCACACCCAGAAAGCCCCAUAUCCCUAACCCACUGUUACAGCAUUCUUUGUCACACUUUCGCUUAUAUUCGCAGCAAUAUGGCCUUCUGUUAGCAACUUCAGGGAACUUUGAUAAAAACAUAUAUGCAGUGACAGUCUUAUGUAAAUUAUGGGAUUGUAGCUGACCUCAUAAGCCCCACCCACUCCAGUCAGCCCUUUGUGCUAGACGGCUUGUGGUUGGCCACUUGUGUUUUCUCAGUUGCCAUUGACUGUUGUUGAGAGAUCACCGUGGAAACCCCCCUCCCCCCCACAGCCUUCCACUAGGAAACGCCCUGGUCUUAGUCAGGUACAGAGCUAAUCUGUGGCACACCUCCGGCUGGCUUCUGAGCCAUCUUAGGCCCUCCCCCCCGCUAUAGCGUAGGUCACAGAGGGAUGAUGGAAAACGGCAAUAAACAUGUAAAGGUGAAUGUUGGGAUUAGUAAAUGGCUGGAAUGUGACCAUAUUGGGGGAUCGUAGAGUGAUAUUUUUGUUUUCAAUCCCUGAAAACGCAGAGUUUUUCAAGCCUCUAGCUCUAGGCAUGGGUUAGGGUUAGGAUUAGGGUUAGGAUUAGGGUUAGGAUUAGGGUUCGGGUUAGGAUUAGGGUUAGGGUUAGCCCCGUGUGCCGUAGCUGAUGUAUGUGCAAUUCCUGUUAUUUCUGUCUUCCUCUUGUCGUGCCAACACAGACUGCAGUGUAGCAAUGUCAUCCGUAUCUGCUUCUCCCGUCGGUCCGACCCCUCCCAUCACACCUCAGACUGGACAGGGUCCAACAUGGACCACUGAACCCAGUUGAGGAGACGUAUGUCUCUACACCACAUCCAAAUGACCCAGCCUGCCCUCGAACCUCGAACUCUCUCCACAUGCCCACUGUCCUCAGUGCACUGAUAAUGUCUCAUGUCCAAUCGGCCGUUUCUUGAGGUGACAUAGUUUUGGUGGGGUGGGGGGGUGUCCCUGUUGGCCCUGGUGAUACCGUCUUAUAAGGAGCUGGCGGAUGAUGUCACGGGCGGGUCCCCCUGGACGCAGCCCUCCUGUCCCUCCUGAGAGACAGCAUUCCCUUACCACGCCCAUAUGCAUCCGUAAGCCUUUGCUGUAGAAAUUCAAACCUAGGAAACGUUUCCAAUUUUCCCGUUACUGCGAAUAACCCUUUGGCAAUUCCAAAGUGGUGAAUGUUACUCUUUUCCUAAUUAUUUAUUGCAAGUGACAUCAUUUGCCCUCCUUAUUGCAGGCUUUUCAUAGCUCUUACUCAGGGAUAGGGCUUGUGUGUGUGUGUGUGUGUGUGUGUGUGAGGUACACUGAUGUUACCAGAAGCAGCACUUUCAAUGCCCUGAGAAGAGGCCACACUCACGUCCCUCUGAACUUGAGAGAAAACCCGGAAACGCCCCCCCCACCCCCACACACACACACACACACACAUCAGUGGGGCAGAGGGCAGAAGCCAAACCUGACUGGCUCCCCUGCCACCUGUCUGUUUAUACGGAGGCCACCUUUACAGCCAAGACACUGAUUAAAGUGAUAAUGGCCAUGACCUUGUACAGUGGGGACCACUUGGAUAAAAAGAAAUAAACAAAAUGCACAUUUAAUAGUUUAUAGUGUAAGUUUAAUAAUACUGUUUCUGCACUUUGGAACUUGAGAAAAACCUUGUCUGCUUUUUGUAGGGUGAAGUCUUUCCCGGGUCUAACAGUGAGUGAAAGAGAGAUGGAGGGGUGUGGCCAGUCUGAGGGGCGUGGUCUGAAGGGGCGUGGCCUGCCCACUGUGAUAGGGUGGUGCUUCUCUCCUCUUGACCCGUCAUCCUGCUGUUCAACCAAUCUAGUGCCCCAGCUUAAAGCCGGGUAGAGCCCUCUCUCUUUUUGUGUUUUGAUGUGUUUUCUUUUAAUAGACCUCACAUCAAACAUACUACCUUUCUGCCAGGAUCCUUCAUUUCCCACUUUGUCUCUCUCUCUCUCUCUCUCUCUCUCUCUCUCACACACACAUUGUCUUCUGUCUCAUACCUGUCUCACAUGUGUGGCCCCGAGGGCUUUUUCAGAGCACUGCUGUUUGAGCAAUACAGGUAACGAGAUCAUUUGUGGUUUUCUUUUUUCAAUUGCACAGACAAAAUGUUGAAUGUCGACGCGAGCUUCAGUAUUUGGAGGGGAAGAGGCAUGUUUUGUUGAACUAGUCUGGUGUCUGGAAACGAAUUUGGCGGCCAAUUUAAAGCGAAUAUUAAUCAAUCAGGACUUCUCUGUUCUACAUGACUGUUGUUGACGUCUUGGCACACUGCCGCAAUCUGCUCUCAGGCUGAGUUCCUUUGAUAGGCCCACUUGUGUGGUUUUCUUUCCAUGAUUAUGGUUGGUGGCCUCUUUAAUUUAUGUAUGAAUUAUUAUUAUUAUUACUGCUCCUACUAGUACUACUAUUAUUACUCUUAGUAUGAAUAGGUUUUACUGAUGCUGGAAACAGGAUAUGAUGCAUCCUUACAGAAUAAAGACGUAACGCAACCCUGUUAAAUUAAACCCCGUCGAUCAUGUGAUCUUUGAAUAGCCAAUCACUUUUGAGGCUGUGGAUGACGUCCCCCCCAUGCUGUUUUCCUUAGUUUGUCUCUGUUCCUGCAUCAGCACCCUCUCCCCUUUUUUGAGGGGGGGGGAGUUACUUAACAGACUGUUAUCGAGGCACUUUCUCCCUUAGGGACAGGGACCAUUAUUUUUCUCCCCUUCCCUCUAGGUUUUUGGUGACGCCCCUUUACAGUGACGUUUAGCUUGUAGCUAGUGGGAUAGCUAAUGGUCUGUCCAUCGUCUCAGUCAAUCAGACAUAUAUACAGUAGAAUAUUAGACCGUUUGUUGGUGCUGACCAAAGCCAAACUUAUAGACAAUAUCCAAGAUUAACAGCUGCAAAACACCCAAUGUUACUUAAAUAUAUAUCAUCCAAUAGUGUCCUAAACUGAGAAUCCUGCAAUGCUGAUCCCUUUGUAUGUGGCCCCUAACCUUCACUGAAGCACUCUUAUCUGAAAUGACAGAGCAGUUCAAACAUUUGAAGCAAUGUGUGUUUGUAUUCCCUGUCUACUUGGGAUAUAUUUGCGAUAAACUCCCCACCUUUUUUUUUUCCACAUUGAAACUGCAAACUCAAAGACUCGAGACCAAUUAUGAAUCCCCCCCCCCCCCCCCCCCGAAUGCCAGCCCACAGCUAAUCUAGGAGUCAAUCACUUUAAUAUUUAAUUAUAUUUCACAUUUUUCUAAACGCAUUUCUUUACAGAGUAAGAUCUCGACAUAAUACAAGUGGGUGAAUAUUCUUUAGUUCCAUGCACAUAUAAAAUAAUGAAUUAAAUCCAAUUGGGGUUUGUUUGGUUCAAUACAGUUUUUAGAUGUUAAAACCCUUCACUCCCACUGCCCAGGAGAAGAAAUUAGUCGCUUCUGUUGACUCAGUCAAUGAAAACCUGAAUGCAAAAUACACAAAAUUAUUGCCACUUUACAGACAAGUGCUUUUAUCAACACAAAAUGGCCCUCGUUUCUAUUUUUAUUGGAAUGCUACAUAGUACCGUCGGAUUGCCCCCUUGUGGCAGAUUAGUGAACCACAAUCACACAUUUAUAUCUUAAUCUGAUUUGUUUUACCGUCUCACCUGGUGUUGUGGGGGGGUUUAAGUUAUAACUAAUGUGCACGCGUUUCCUGUCCCUUUGCAAUGAUUCAUUUUUCCUUUUGUGUAAUUAAGUUAGUGAAAGAGAGAUUGUAAUUUUUGAUACAGGAAGCCAUGAUCAUUUCACAGAAAGUAAAGGUUUAAUGUGAAGAAGAUACUGUAGUCCAAUGCUAUUGCACACAUAUGCAUUGUUACUGUCUUCCAAUGGGUGCAUUGUGACUGGUUCUAGUCUCUUUGCUUGCCAUUGGAUGGAAAUGGAGACUGGCUCUAAUCUCCUUGCUUGCCAUUGAACAGAAAUGGGAACUGAUUCUAGUCUCUCUGCUUUCCAUUGGACAGAAAUGAGGACAAAUUCUAGUCUCUUAGUUUGCCAUUAGACAGAAUGACAAAAGCAAAUGUGGCCAGUAGCAAUUGGUCAUGGAAGAGGGAAAAACGUUUUUGCACCUUACUAGAUAAAGAAGAAACCAUUUAAAGUGCAUAAAGACAUAGCGUUUAUUGUGAAAAGAGAACUUUGUUUUGUUUCCAAAUGCGUGCAAACUCUGUAAUUUGUGUAAAAUAUUGUACUUGCACUAGCUUUUUUAAGAACAGAUAUAAAAAAUGGAAGAAUUGAAAUUCUAUUUUCUAAUCGUGGUGUGUCUGUUUGUAGGAUACACUGAAGUCUGUAUAUUGGAUUUUAUGGUCCUUUCCUUUGAUGGUGCUUGCAGGUUUUCUAGUUAGAAAUUAUUACAUUAUUAUGAAUAAUAAAACAAUAUUUGAUUCAGGUUGUGAACAAAUUUGUUUAAAAAAGAAUCGUCUGUAUACCAGUACAGGUUUAUGUCUCAGUGUACUCGUACUAAUAAAUUAACAGUGCCAACUGA